AUGAUUGAAUCCAUCUUCGCUCAAAUAUCAUCUGUAUUAAUAAUGUUAUCUUCUUCCCUGGUUAAUUUUGUUACCGAACCCUAUGAUGGUUGGCGUCAAGAGCCAGGAGGACUAAUUAAUACUUGGACUAGUACAAUCAGGAAAGAUUUUGAACGUAUAAGAGGACCAGCGAUAUAUGGACUUAGACGAUGGAAAAAGGAAUGGCUUCUAUUACUGUCGACGAUCGCAUCAGAUUGCGUAGCUUGGGAACUUAUCCUUAUCCUUGCUCCAGCUCUUUUAUACCUGGAUUAUUCCAUACGUUAUCCAGUCGAUACGUUAUUUAGUCCAUCGUCCAAUCCUGCCUUGGGAAAUAUGGGUGAUUAUGUAUGGCUUAAUCAGUUAGUUCAAGUGGAAUGGGCAUUUACUGGCAAUAAAUCUGUUAUUAAAAGGCAGAAAACGGGAUAG